AGAUCAGUGGCAGAAGGCCUUGAAUCUGUUUUACGAGAUGGACAUCAAGGGUAUCAAACGCGAUACGAUUACCUACAGUGCCGUUAUAUCCGCAUGCGGGAAGGGAGUUAAGUGGCAGUAUGCCUUGGAUCUGUUUGAUGAGAUGGAGAUCAAAGGUAUCACACGCAAUACGAUUACUUACAAUGCCGCUAUAACGGCUUGUGGGAGGGGAAAUCAGUGUAAGAAGGCCUUAGAAAUUUUUAUGGAGAUGAGCGAAAAGAAUAUACCAAAAGCUCAUGGAAGUUAUAUUGCAAUUAUCCAGGCGCUAGGUUCAGAUUGUACGAACAACGACGUGAUCGAUGCGCUGUAUGAGGACAUGCUUACAAGCCUCCCUGACUUUGGUCAGCGUUGGCUUCGCUUGAACAGGCAUGGUAUGCUAGAUUUGCACGAUCACUCGCAAUACAUGGCACAAGCCGCGACCAGACGGCUACUACGAAUUCUCCAGAAACAAGAGGGCUAUGAUUCGCCGGAGAAAAGUUCGGAACUCAAGUGCAUCAUCGUGGGCCAGGGCAACGACAGCGCUGAUGGACUUCAGUUACUGAAAGCCGUGCAGGCACAACUGGAGAGUCUGAGUCCCCCAAUUGCAUCCUACACCCAGUCGGAGAAUAGUGGUCAGCUGGCACUUAAUAAGCGUGAUUUAGGUGAUUGGCUGAAGCACAAAGCGUGA